AUGGGGUCCAUCGCUCAAAAAGAACAGCCUUCUUCUUGGGAGACCAAAGUCGCUGAAAAACAAAAGCAGACUCACGCCGCCAUCCCCGAGGCAUGGCGGCUACCAGAGUCGAUUGUCAAGUCGCUGGCAUAUCCACUGGAAGAAAAACCCAACCGCCUGAUGGAGCUCGACAUCCCGAGAAAGUCGGGCAUCCUGUCGGAAAAGGAACUGGCCAUCACAGAACAGAACACAGUCGCCGGACUUCUGGCGAAACUCUCUUCAGGAGAAUUGACUUCUCUGGAAGUGACCACGGCGUUCUGCAAACGUGCUGCAAUCGCACAGCAACUGACUUCAUGCCUCACAGAGAUCUUCUUCGAUGUCGCACUGGCCAGGGCUGAAACUCUGGACAAGGACAGGGAAGCAGGGAAGCCACUUGGGCCCCUGCACGGUCUACCGGUCAGCAUCAAGGACGGGUUUCAAGUGACGGGGCAAGAAGCCAGUAUUGGUUACGUCUCCUUCCUUGGUAAGAAAUCAGAAAAGAACUCUCCGUUGGUAGACACUCUGCUCAACCUCGGCGCCGUCCUCUAUGUCAAAACCAACAUCCCCAUGACGCUGAUGACCGCUGAUUCUCACAAUAAUAUCUUCGGCCGCUGCUUGAAUCCUCACAACACCAUGUUGAACGCGGGAGGAUCAAGCGGAGGAGAAGGAGCCCUGGUCGCAUUCCGUGGCUCACCUAUCGGUGUUGGAACGGACGUAGCGGGGAGUGUCCGCAUUCCUUCGCUCUGCUGUGGCACGUAUGGAUUUAAACCAACGUCAAACCGAGUCCCAUACGGUGGGCAAGCGAUCCCGGGCCUUCCUGGAUUCAAACCCAUUGUCGCAUCUGCCGGUCCGCUGGCCAAUGAUUUCGAGGCGCUCGAAAUCUUCACCAAGGCUGUCAUUGACACAACUCCAGCACUGCUAGAUUCAACCACAAUCGAUGUCCCCUGGCGCAAAAUCGAUCAACCCAAGAAAACCGCUCUGCGCUUUGGCUUACUACCAGCAGAUCCAGCAUACCCACUUCACCCCCCGAUCGAGAGAGCACUAGAAGAAGCAGCAAGGAAGCUUCAGGCUCAGGGCCAUGAAGUCGUCACUUUAAGCUCGGGUGAAACCCGCACCGCUGAUGCCAUCGAGGUUGCCUUUGCCCUCUUCAGCUUGGCGCCGGAAGCCGCUAGAAAGCACAUCCAGGCGAGUGGUGAGCCUCCGGUGCCAUCGGUCGCGAACCAACCAAGUCCUGCCAAUCAGGGAAAAUAUACAUAUAUCCCAAGCCUGGAGGGGUUGGACAGGCUAGGACAACUUGCUGCAGUGUCUGUGAAACGGCAACAAUUUGUCGAAGACUGGAGGAACUUGUGGGUACAGCACAAGUUGGAUGCUAUUAUCGCUCCUUCCGCCCAAAACACUGCAGUGUCACAUGAUACCUUUGGCUGGCCACCUUAUACCUGCCUGUUCAAUCUCUUGGAUUACCCGGCAUGCGUGAUACCAUUUUCGAAAGCGUCAAAGGACAUUGACAGUAAACCUCUGGUGAUCGAGCCGUGGCAAGCCGGGCCUAAAUACGACCCGGAGAUCAUUGACGGUGCCCCGUGUUCCAUUCAAGUAGUUACAAGGACCAUGCGUGAUGAAGAGUGCCUCGUUGCGGCAGGAAUUGUGGACGCAUGUCUCAAGUGA